CUCUAAUCCCGUGAACGGACCGCAGGGUGGCUUAUCGAUGCAUCGAAUCGUCCCCGAUGAAGACCGUUAGGUUCCCGAUGACGGCGCACGAAAGUGCCACUGAUCUCUCGUAAAAGAAACUCGCUGAUUAAGUGUUUGUGGGUCCGUGGUGAUGGCCAUAGUGCGCGAGCUGUGCAAUGUGUAAAGAAACGCAUGAACUAUCAUGCCAGAGUUGUUGAAACCGUUCAAAUAAUUGCUCGGUGAACUUUCGAGAUAUACCAAAGUCGGUGAAUGUUGAACGAUAGAAGAGAAUUUAGAAUGUCGGAGGAACGCGCGAAAGCUCCGGAAACGGCGAGGGAAUCGACGGAGUUGAUGGAGAAUCCGAAAGUAUGCUCGUUCAGUAUCGAAAGCCUUUUAGCGCCAGCCAAGAAGAGAACGGAAGAGGAGAGGCGUGUGCCGAUGCAGACCGAGGUGUAUCUGCAUGGUCAUGAGUCGAACGACUCGGAUGGUCGAAAGCUGGUGGCGCCGGAUUCGUCCAUGAUUAUGGUCGAGGAUAUCGAAUUCGACGAUGCCGAUAUGGUCUGCUCCACAUCGCCCGAACCGGAAAUGUGCUACGAAGCGUGCACCAGCAGCAGCGGUGCCAACUCGACGACAGGUGCGGAUAGGGAUAGUCAAGAAAAAAGUGGCAGCGCGAUUAGCGAUGACGAGAGGAAGAAGAGGCCCCGCACGGCGUUCACGGCCGCGCAGAUUAAGUCGUUGGAGGCGGAAUUCGAGAGGAACAAAUACCUGAGCGUGGCGAAGAGACUGCAGCUGAGCAAGACCCUGAAGCUCACCGAAACUCAGAUAAAGAUUUGGUUUCAAAACAGACGCACAAAGUGGAAAAGGAAGUAUACCAACGAUGUGGAGUUGCUAGCGCAACAGUAUUACUCCAGUUUGGGGAUUCCUGCCCCGCGACCAAUUUUUGUCGGCGAUCGAUUAUGGUUUUUCAACUAUCCGGGUCAACCACAACCGGGGACGCCAAUUUUUCCUCAACAUUUGGCGACUGUGCCUUUGCCACCAGCAUUACCCAUCGUUCAGCCACUACCAAGCAAUUUAUCGAUGGGACAACAGUCUUCGAUAUUUCAAAGUAUCCCUACGAACAACCCACCAUACCAUUUGAGUCAGAGAUUAGACUUUCGACAUCCGGAUUCGUAAGUAACAAGUGAUCACGGUAAAUGUGUACAUCGUCGAUUUAUAGUGCGCGACUGAAUCACUAAAAACUGAAAUCGCGUGUGAUAAUUACUACUAAACACUUUAGAAUGUAGCAGAACGUAUUGCAAUUUACGGUAGCGUUUCCAAAAAUUGGAAGACUUGCUGCUAUGUGAACGAACGAUGAAAUCGGAAGGAUUCGAGAAUCGCGUCGGUUCUGGCGUCAUUCGUACAUAUCAGGUUUGAAAAAUAAAACUCGUGGGGCCGAACUAUCGUCGGCAAUUCUUAGGAACUUAGGAAAUUUUUUUGUACUCGCAUUUAUUGUAAGGAGACACGGUAUACACAGUAUAUAGUUUCUUUUUUCAAUCGCAGUCUCUCCGUUUUUACAGGAAAAACCGAACAAACAUAUUUUUAUCUCCGAGAAAUCGUAACAAUAAAUAGUGCCGUACUUUCUUUCUUGUAUACAAACAUAGGAAACGAACUAAUAAAUUAUUUAUUAACUGUACAUUGAGAUUGGAUAUAAAAAUUAUAUCAAUAAAGUUUGUUACAAUA